UUCAGCAGCAGCGGAGUACGUCUUUAUAACGUGGGCAUAUGCAUAUAGAGCACGUGUUUAUUUAGCCAUUUGAAUUGCUUCACAAGUGUUAAAUAUUGAUGUGAGACGAGGGUAUCUUUAAAAUACAGAACAAGGAAUUUAAGCUCCGCAUCAUCUCUCAUGAUGAGGAUCUGAAAACAGUGCGGAACGGAGCACCUUUGCACAUCAUGCAUACAUGGAAAUACAAUAAUACAGAAGAACAUGUUGAAACUCUUGCGUGAGAUAACAUUUAGGUCAAAUUUCAUUAUCCAUCGCCAUGAAAUAAAAUUCUGAUUAUAGUGGUUUAUGGUUACCAGUUAUUUAGAACGAUCGUCUCACUCUUCUUAUAAAGAUAACGUAGAGAUAAGUAAGUGUACAGUGCAGGCUUGCUUGCUUGCUUGCCAAACGCAUGUGCAAAGAAAAAAUUUAUCACGAGAAGAAAGUAAUAUGAACGGGUUUGUGUUUGAACUGAAGCAAGGAAACGUUCAACUACUGGUUAGGAGUCUUGAAUUCAAUAGAGAUUAAGAAAAUACUUCAUGUGUAGAAUAUGCACAUGCCUUCUAUAAACGAAAAUUUACCUGAAGUGAAGAAUUUUGAAGAGAAGCGCUCAUUAUAACGUAUUAGCAAUUCCUGACUCUUCUGUACAUUGACGGUAAAUCUAAUAAUGUACAAGAGCCAGUCUGACUGAAAAAAUAUUUGUGAAACUUGAAUUGUGUUUGAGUCAAAGCUCCGAACUGAACUUUUCAUCUCGAGUGAAUAUUCUGAUGACGAACAUGACGGGAAAUUCGUCGAAAUUCAUGCUGUUGAUUGUGGUCAUCACGAGCCUUGGAGUGAAGGCCGGGCCGCAAAAAACUGUGCUCACCACGCCUCUGGAGGAGAUGACAUUCUGCUUCAGAGUCGGUAGCCCGGAAGACUAUGCAUCGGAGGGCCUCACUAUAGAAGAGCAAAUUCAAUGGAGCUACAACGCUUCGUUGUCGCUGUUCAUGGUCGUUAAUGUCACUAAAGGGGAAAUAUUCGACGCCGCCACGAGCACCGUGAAGGUGGACCACGACCUCCUCAAGCAGGGCACGCACGAGCUCUCCUACCGCGCCGCCGUCAGAGGCGCCGGUCGGCAGCGCUACCUGCUGGUGCUGCUGGACCAGGCGCUCGUGGCGCCUGAGAACGAGUCUGUGAGGUACCACGAAAACGACUCGUCCUUCGUCAGCGUCACCGUCACUAGCAGGGGGCCCAUCACCUUCAAGUGGAAUAGUUCCUGCUCAGGCGUGGAAUUCCCAGCUGACGACCCAAAAGAGUUCCCACCAGUAACAACACACUAUGAGGAUGAAACAGACAACUUCUUUUCAGUGCAGCAGUCGGUGGAUGAACCACAAGACGAGAAGUGGCGACCUAGCGUCUUGCUCUGGAUUGUCAUUGGUGCUGCAUCGGCUGUGCUGCUGCUGGCCCUCAUCGCUGGUGUUUUGUUGUGUAUUCAGAAUUCGUCGAACUCUAGAAAAGCUCAGCUGCUGCGAGCAGCUGCAGCUGAAAGGCAGAAGCAGAACAUCACAAAAGAAGCCCACCGACUUUCAUACAUCGAGCAGAUUCGCUGGACGGAAAUGGAUGAAAUCGCAAGAAGUGAGGCAUGCGUUCAGCUCAUGCCCAAAACAUAAGAAGAAAACCCGACCAGUUGAGAAACUUUUGAAUCAUAUUGUAGACGUAUAUAAUGUAUAAUAUCGGAUCAAAAGUACUUUUGGUUUGGUAAGGUAAUGCCAUUCCACCUCAUCAAACAAAUACUGAACCUGGAUAUAGGUCGCAAAAUUAUGGAUAGGACAAUAGGUCACAUUUAUUUCGUGUUGCAUAUCAUGUAAUGAUUCAUUCGUAAAUUUCGAUUGACGAAUAGUUUUCGUUUUACCACCGUCACGCUUGUUUCUAUUGAUCCUAAUAUCUUGCGAAUAGUUUUAUAGGGAAUAUUUAUCGCAGAAUCAACUUGUAAAUUAAUGCAUCAAGAUGCAGUUCCUGAAUUUGAUGUCCAAUCUUCGGUCCGGGAAGUCAAUUGCAAACAGGGAUGUUCAAAAAUACCCUUCUGCACAACUGUAUAUCAGCGGCAUUAUGCGUGAAUGGAGUAAAUAAAAUGCUCCGUUUACUCCUUUCCAGUCGCAUACAGACUGUGUUGAUUAAAGGACAGCUUCUCGAAAAUAUAUUUACGGUUGAAUAUGCAACGUUGGGCACAAGCCCAUGUUUUGUGGUUUAAAUAAAGCGUUUGUAAAAGGCGUUUGUGGUGGGUUAAUGGGCAAAAACGAAUAUGUUCCUUCGACAAUUUGAAAAAAAAUCGGACACCGAAUUAUUAAUAUCAACCAACUGGCUAACAAGAGUGGAGAUUGGCAUGAGAUUUCAGCCCAUUUAUGGUAUUGAAUUGUGACAAAUUUAAUUGAUUUUUUUUGUAUUUUAAAGUAAAUUUCUAUAAAAAUUAGUUACAAUUCGUCAUCAAACUUAAUCGAUGUUGCGAUAAAUAGGGAAUAAAACCAAUAAAUAUUGUAUACUUUUGUUUCAGUUGAGUCAAAGAAGAUAAACCGUACAUAACAAUUCAUAACACAUCGUAUUCGACAUUCAAGAAUCUGAAAAUAUUUCUCUAGUUCUAGAAAAUAUUUUAUUUCUAUAGACAUUCAUGUACAAUAAUGCAAUAAUAAAUUUUAAAUGAAGGAAAACAUGCCAUCUCUAUACGCCUUGAUAAGCUCGGCCUACCGCAUCAGUCCUUUCAAUAUUAACAUGAUCCUAGUAGUUAUAGAAAAUACUCGCCAGCUUGAUGACGAAGUAGAAAAAUAGGAAAUUGAAUAAGAACAGCAUAAAUUAGAUGCAGUUAAAGCAGUAGUAGAAGUAGUUACGGAGAAAUGCGGAGAAUUUAAGUAGUGGUCGUCUAUAAGUAAUUAAUGGUUCAGUUACUAAAAAAAUUACUUAAAUUAUAAAUACUAUAUU